CCCUCCGGAUCCCCAACGCAGCACACCCUCAACACCCCCGAGCUCCUCGAGCUCAUCCUCUCGCAACUCGACCCGCGCACCCUCCUCACCGCCGCCCAACUAACCUGCCGCACCUGGCGCACCCUCAUCCAAACCUCCCACCCGCUCCAGGAAGCCCUAUUCUUCCGGCCCGCCCGAGCAUCCCCCACCACCCCCGCACCCGCUACCAAGAAGUUCAACCCGCUGCUGGCGUGGGCAUUCCCCGGGUUCUUCCCGCGACCCCCCGGCUGCAGCAGCGCGUCGGAGGCAGCCCCCUUCGCGAGCCACGCAGUUUUCCACUGGCACACUCUCGACUUCGUCGUGCGCCCGGGAAAAUGCCCCGCCUAUUUCCGGAAGGAGGCCAGCUGGCGCCGGAUGCUGGUGCACCAG